AUGCCACCCAAAGGUCGUUCCAGGGGAAGCACCGGUGAUGAUGGCCAAGGUGGCACUCGACGCUCUCGCCAAAGAAGGCUCAGCCCCAAAGCAAUGGAAAAUGCUCGAACAGAAGAAGCUCGCCAGCUCGAAAUUCAGGCACAAGAAAAGCAACGGGAAAAGCUUGCUGCUAAACGUGCCGAUGGAGUUUCUGUUCCAGGUCGGCCGCCAAAAACUCAUCAUCGUUCCAGCCAGUCCACAAAAAAGAAGUCAUCUCAAAGCUCUGAUUUAGCAGCGGCAUUGAGUUCAUUAUCUGAUAGCGAACAACCCCAGAAUAAAUCCACCGAAUGGACCCAAACCGAAGCACCGGACGAGUCGGCAACUCCUAGUAACGACAAACAUGGUUCUUCCAAUGCCAGCACAGCAAAGAAGUCUAAUGCCAGAAAUGGGUCUCCGAGUUCUUCUGAGAACGGCUCAUCUGAGGAAGAUCCCAUAUCUACCCCAAAACAACUCAAGCAGCGAAGCACCGGGAAAUCAACUGACAAUCACUCUUCUCCAGGGUCAACUGACAGUGACAAAUCCCCAGCUUCAGCAAUAGACAAUGAGCCUGAAUUUACCAAGGAAUCGUUUGAAAUUGAAGAUCCCAAGGUCAUACUGCAAGUGUCUAUGCAUACAACCAAGAAAAGUCCAAAGGUACAAUUCAGCAGCAGAAAUGUUCCUCUCGUCAACUCUGAUCCAAUCGACAGUGACAAACCCGAUGCAUUUGAUUUGGAUAUUUCCUACACUUCUGACUGGGCUAUAGUUCGAGAAGCUCUUUGUGCUGCUGUGCAAGAGCAUUCAGGCAACAAAUGGGUUGUAGAGGAUGUUGGUUUGGGGAGUGCCUAUUUUGUUCGGAGCAAUCAUAUUCGACAGAAGAGCAAUUACAUUGACCGUCAUCAAAACGAUCUUGAUUCGAGUCAAUUCAAAACAUUUCAGCCAACAGCGAUCCAUUCCGACCAUGAUUGGCGGCACAUACUGCGAAGUUGUUCUUACAUCCAAAUGGAUAGGCAGAACGAACCAGAGGUAUUGUUUAUCAAUCUUCUGUGCACUGUUGUAGCCUACAAGGCUUCAGUCAUUAAGAAAGCUCGCAGAAAUAGCCAUGGUGAAUCCACGGUUACAUCUCAAGAUGAUGAAGAAAUUGGUCAAACUGCAGAUGCACUACAACUGCCCUUUGGCCAUGAUUUGACAGUGGUAUUCUCUCUUAUGGGUCCUACUAGCAAAGUGGGAAAAUCUGACUAUAAGUGUGAGAGGCGAGCGGUUGUCCAAGAGGUCGAAAAAUUCACCUUGGCUCCUCCAUUUACGGCUGAAGAGUUGCAAGAGAUGGACGAUGACGCAACGGAAGUAGCUCGACAUCGAUUUGGGAAUAUCCGCCGCCUGUUGAUGAACCAUGCUUUGGAUUUAUCCACCUACAAAGAUUCCAAGGGCGCUGUUAUUGUUGGCGAGAAGUCUUGUGUAUUUAUCCAACCAAAAUCGAAUCAAGCUGAUGUCAUCAAAUGUGUCACUACUCAAGCUUUCUGGGAGAUUCACAUCAAGAAAUGCUACGAUAGAUUGUCCAGAGCAGCCAAAGGCAAGAAGACAGUUGCAAUUAGCGUUUCGAUUGGCAAAAUGAAUUCUACCGACAUUGUCUAUGAGGGUAGCUCCGAUGUUGAUGAUGCCGCAGAGUUGACACAGAACUCCAAUUAUUUCGAGUCUCCCGCACAACAAAAGAAGCCUCAAUCUGCCAACCAAACACGAGAGCAGCAAAUGACGUCUCCGCAGGAAAUUGAAGAUUUCAUUUGGAAGAACCAUGCCAGCCCGGAGUCCCCGUGGUAUCACAGUUUCACUCUUGAGCAUUACCAGAGGAUCAAAAUUUGCUUGAUGGCACAAACAGAGAAAAUCUAUCAGCGGUAUUCUUGUAUUGCUGGCGAUCUGGACACAUGGCCUCCGCUCAGCGAAUUGCCAUCCGAUGUCACAACCAAUGGCGUGAAUUAUGGAGGCCGAGUCGCUAAGAAAGGAGCAUAUCCACCAGAGUCAGAUGUUCCUGGAUCAUACAAGCGUUACAAGCUAACAGCUGACGAACAAAAGGAACAGGAUUUUAAACGCAAGAUGGACACAUUGACAGCCUGCUUCCAAGCCGGAGGAGCAACAACCAAUAAUUCGUCGAGUGCCAGCAAUCGUCCCGCUACGUUUACCAUCCGAUUCUACCGAGACAACAAUGAUGAGCAGCGUAAGGAUGUUACGGUGCCUACCAGCCCAACCGAUAGUGACCCAAUCAAAACUUUGGGGCAGGCAUUCGAUAGCCCAGCUAUUCGACGUGGAGUUCGAUCUAACUUCAAACCAGAGCAAGUAGAUCAGGUUCGAAAAAAGAAACUAGAAUUGGUGGUUGAAUACAUCAAUUCUAUUUCCAAGAAAGUCUAUCGGACAUACACCAUGGAAGAGCUUGCCACAACAUCGACAGGUGAGUUCUACAAAGACGUUAUUCCACGCAUCAGCAGUACUGGAGAACCAGAAAAGGGUUCUAUUAAUCCGGUCUACUUCAAAGUGCAUCUACAAAAGGUAUCCCCUGUCAGCACUGAGACCUCCUUGUAG